AUUCUUUACUCUAAAAGACCAAGUCCCUUCAAUCGACUCUAUUAACCCCUCACUAGCGAAUCCCUGUCCUUAAAUUUCUUAUUACUUGGUACCAUUAUUAUAAAAAAAAAAGUUGAAAAUACCAAAUACGUUUUUAGAACAUUUUACGUAGACGAGCCUAUGAACGAAGCUAUCCAAACAUGGACUGAAAGUAGCCCUUGUGAAGAAUUAGACGAAUACUGCAAAAAGGGCCUGCUUAAAGGAUUAUCUUUUAAAGCCGUGGAUAAACAAGGGAACAUUGUCGGAGUCAGCAUCUCUGGAGCUACCAGUCUAAAUGAGAACGCAGACAAAAUAUUGUUGGAGGAAGCUGAUCAUUGCAAGAAUCCAAAAUUCCAAAAGAUACUAUAUAUAAUCGCGAAACGGGAGGAAGGAGCUAAGUUGUGGGAGAGAUUUCCGCAAGACAAGGAGCACGUCGAGGUGUUUGUGACCGCAACUGACCCCAACUGGAGAAAACGUGGCAUCAUGAAUAAACUUAUUGCCGAAACUGAACGGCAGUGCAAACAAAAAAACCUUCGUAUUCUACGGUUAGAUACGUCUAGUGCAUAUUCUGCCAUGUCGGCAGAGCGAUUGGGUUUCAUUUGUGUCUAUAAAGCUUUUUACAAGGACCUCAAGAAAGAUGGCCAGCCACUGAUAAUUCCUAAAGAACCACACGUAGCAGACAGUGUUUAUAUUAAAACGCUAUACGAUUGAGUUGUUCAGAUUAAUCUUCAUAGUUGAUAUUUAUCAGCUAUUAUUUAUUAUUUGUAUUUCAUCUCUAAUAAUAAAGCUGUUAAAGCUUGUUUGUUUGGUUGAACUCUAUAAUAUCAGGAAACGAACUG